UUUUAUGGGUGUGGUUCAGUGACAUUGAGUGGCCAUUCCUAGAAGAAGAGAAAGGGAGUGAAGUAAUGGAGUCACACCAGAAGAAGCUUCUGAAACUAAGCGAGGAGAGUCUUAUGAAAGAGCCUGAAGAUGUGUUUGACUUGUUAGAAAAGAUAGGCGAGGGUGCUUAUGGUGCUGUAUAUAAGGCACUCCACAAGGAGUCUGGUCAGCUACUAGCUAUUAAACAGGUUCCAGUUGAUGCUGACUUACAAGACAUUAUAAAGGAGAUUAGUAUCAUGCAACAGUGUGACAGUCAAUAUGUAGUCAAGUAUUAUGGUAGUUAUUUUAAGAACACGGAUCUAUGGAUUGUAAUGGAGUAUUGUGGUGCUGGGUCUGUAUCAGAUAUUAUGCGUAUCAUAGAAAGACCGUUGAAUGAGAAAGAGAUUUCAGUCAUAGUACAGUAUGCACUGAAAGGUCUUGAAUAUCUUCAUUUCAAGAGAAAGAUUCAUCGUGACAUCAAAGCUGGCAAUAUCUUGUUAAAUCUUGACGGACAUGCCAAAUUAGCUGACUUUGGUGUUGCUGGACAAUUAACAGACACGAUGGCAAAAAGAAAUACUGUGAUUGGUACGCCGUUUUGGAUGGCACCGGAAGUCAUACAAGAAGUCGGCUACGACUGUCUAGCGGACAUAUGGUCAAUGGGUAUCACCGCUAUCGAAAUGGCCGAGGGUAGACCCCCUUACGCCGAGGUACACCCGAUGAGAGCGAUAUUCAUGAUACCCACUAAACCUCCACCGACCCUCAAACAAGCCGACAAUUUUUCUAACGAGUUCUCGGAUUUUAUCAGUCGCUGCUUGGUCAAGAGCCCGGAAGAGAGGCCCUCUGCUACUAGUCUACUGCAACACAGGUUUGUGAAGGGAAACAAGAGCAUAGACAUUGUCAAAGAGCUUGUGCAGCUAGCGAUGGCUAAGCUGGAGGAAGAGGAGGAGGAAGAGGAGGAAGGAGAUGAAGACGAUGAGUUUGUCACUGCCAGUAAUACCAUGAUACAGAGAGGCUACCCCGACUCCAUUAUCAUCAAUGAGCCGACUGUCUCUGACCUGGGGACGCUAGUUAUAGUAGACGAUGAUGAAGGAGAUAGCACUAUGAAACGUGUCGACACAGACAAGGAUUCCAAGGAGCCAUACAAGCCGCACUUCAUGCAUCACUUCAAUAAAGAACCUGAUCACAACAAGAAGCAAGGAAACAAGAAGAAUGCACAUGUGGGACCUCAGAGUAUCUAUGCCUACUUUCCUGCCAUACCCGAGGGGACGGAAUUCAAGGAUUACUUGAAAGGUUUAAAUGAUGAUGAGUUAGAGGAACACAUGACUCUACUUGAUAAGAGAAUGGACGAAGAGUUGGAAGCUCUCAGAAAAAGAUACCACCAGAAACGCCAGCCUAUACUUCAAGCCAUUGAUGCCAAGAAAAAGCAGCAAUUUCGUUAGAAUUAUCAUUAUUAUUAUUAUUAUUAUUAUUAUUAUUAUUAUUAUUACUAUUAUUUAAGUUCCAUUUUCAUAUCACCUUAAUUUUCAUUAUUAUAAUAACUCUCUUACCUAAUCAGUAUGCACCAUUUUGUCUUUUUGUUAUUAUUAUUGUUGUUGUUUGUAUUAAUGAUGAAUAAAGUUAUGUAAUGAUCUGGCAGCUAGCCUACCUACACAUGUAUUCUGCUUGACUUCAAUUUUGUGCAGAAAAUUAUUGUUCUUUUUCAA